GCAGGGGGCCAUAAUGACGAAACCUAAAGAGGAGCUCUUUAAAAUUCUGGAAAAAUUAAAAGAAGAUAAGUUCAAGGAUUUCAAGUGGUUCCUGGAGCAGGAUGGCAACCUGGAGGGCUUUUCAGGCAUCCCAGUGGCUCAACUGGAGAAAGCAGAAAGGCGGGACACAGUUGAUCUAAUGGUACAGAAAUAUCAGGAGCCUGGAGCUCUGCAGCUGACCAUGAAGGUUUUAGAAAAGAUCAACAGGAAUGAUCUGGUGCAGCAUUUACAAAACAUCUACUCAAGACCAAAAGUCUUCAGGUCUAAACCUCCCACAGACUACAGCAAUAAUGAGCUGAUCAGGAUUGUGUUGGUGGGGAAGACUGGAGUUGGGAAGAGUGCCACAGGAAACACCAUUCUGGGAGAACAGAACUUUAAAUCUGAGUUCUCCUCUAAAUCUUUGACUACACACUCUGGAAAGGCUCAUGGUGAGGUGGAUGGACAAAAGGUUGCUGUAAUUGACACUCUGGGCCAGUUUGAUACCAGGAACACUGAAGAGAAAACAAAGAAAGAUAUUGCCCAGAGCAUUGCUUAUGCUUCACCUGGACCUCAUAUCUUCCUGGUCGUCAUCAAACUGGGCAGAUUCACAGAGGAAGAAAAACACACAGUAGAGAAGAUUCAGGAAAUCUUUGGUGAGGAAGCCAACAAAUACUGCAUGGUUCUCUUUACCCAUGGUGACCUGCUCAAAGGGAAACCUAUUGAGGAGUUCUUGAAGGACAGCAAAGAUCUGCAGGAACUUGUGGCCAAAUGUAACAAUCAGUACCACGUGUUCAAUAAUGAGGUGAAGGAUCGUUCUCAGGUCAGAAAGCUGCUUGAGAAAAUAAGAAAUAUAAAUGAGCAGAAUGGAGGAAGCUACUACACCACCGAAAUGUUCCAAAGGGUAAAGAGAGCGAUAGAAGAGGAGAAACAACGAAUCCUGAAAGAGAAAGAAGAGCAAAACCGCAAAGAGCAGGAGAAACUGAUGAAGGACAUAGAGGAAAAGUAUCAGCAAUGGAUGAGGGAGCACAGGGACAUGAGGAAUCAGUGGAGGGAUGCUUGUGAAAGAGAAAAGGAGAAGGCAGCAAAAGCAAUGAAAAAAAUACAGGAAAUGGUGGACAGACAAGAAGCUGAGAAAGAGGCCAAAUUAAUCCAACAGCUCAAAGGGAAAAAGAAAUGAGAAGAAAGAAACCGAGCAAAAACAGCAUAAUGAACUGACCCCUGUAGAGCUUAAAAUGAUAAAGGAAGAGAAGGAUGAGAUUAAUACAAAAAAGACAAAAUGUGGGCAGUUAAUAUACUGAGAGACUUUCGAACACUGAUUUGGAGACGUACUCUGUGGUUGUGCUUAAUGACACCUUAUGUGAAUUUUAAGCCUUGAUUCAGGCUGGCGGCAAGUACAGAGUGACAAGUUAUCAUGACAACAAUAAACUCUUGCGUCAUAACCUUUUGAUUUUCAGUGCAAAACCAAAAAUCUGCGAGUGCUUUCCUUUUGUAUUGUUGGCAAAUGACAAUGGUAUAGGCAGGAUAAUCAAUUUGCCUCGCGUCAAGCAGUUCUUCGCCUCCACGUUGUGCCUUAACACUGUUUAACACACACCUACUCGUUGAUUAUCCCUUACGUAUUUAAGAAAUCUUACUUCAUGUAUGGCAUCCUUGAGAUUGGGUUUGAGGUCAUUUACUAACAUCUACUGUAACAUGUGGCAUUUUGGGUCCUUAUUAUUUUAAUAGGCCUAUAUGUGAAUGACUUGGAUUCAGUUGUGUUGAAAUUUGAUUUUUAUAUACUGAUGAUUACGCAGUUUUGAUUUUGCAUAAGAAUGUAAACUUUUAAAGUUAUAAAAAGUCAAUCUUUCAGUCUUUCUUCUUUUUUAAAGGACCAUGUUCAGUGUAAGAUCAGUAUUAAGUACUGUAGAAGAUCAGAAAUAUAAAUGUGCAGAAUGGAGGAAGCUACUACACCACCAAAAUGUUCCAAAAGGCAGAGAGAGCGAUAGAAGAGGAGAAACAACGAAUCCUCAAAGAGAAAGAAGAGCAAAUGCGCAAAGAGCAGGAGAAACUGAUGAAGGAAAUAGAGGAAAUGUAUAAGCAACAUUUCAGAGAGGUGAAGGGUGACACUGAAAAGGAGAUUAAUAUAAAGGAAGAAUGUGGAAAUGAAAUCAAAAAAAAAAAAGAAAAAAAUGAAGGAAAAGUUAGAGCAUCAGGCCAGAAAGAUAGCAGAGGACAGCAAUCGGAUCAUCAGACUGCUAAUUCCGAUUCUUUCAGCAGUCACUUUGCGCCUCACUGUUAUAGAAGAUAACAAUACAAACACAUGAGCAGCAUAAUCACCAAAACAAAUAAUCAGUCUCUCCGCAUGCAUGCCAAUCCACUCCUCAUCUGGAGUAAAAUUAAUUGUAUUAUAUGACUAAUAAGUAAACAAAUUCUCUGUAUAUGAAAAUAUUAAUGAAGAUCUGUUCCCAGUGACAAGUACGACAAACAAAAGUUUGACACCCAGAGGCUGUUUGACACUAUGAGAGAUGAAGAGACAACAGUUAAAGAUAUUGCUCAGUGCAUUUCUUAUGCUUCUCCUGGACCCCAUACCUUCAUGGUAGUACAGCCAGUAAUAUGUGUUCAUUAAUGACUUUAAGGAUCAUUCUCAGGUCAAACAGCUGCUCAAGAAGAUCAGAAUGGAGCCACUACACCACUAAAAUGUUCCAAAGAGCAGAGAGAGCAAUCAAAGAGAAGAAACAACAAAUCCUGAAAGAGAGAGAAGAGAAAAUCCUCAAAGAGCAGGAAGAACUGAUGAAGGAAAGAGAGGAAAAUAUUAACUGUUGAGGAAACAGAAGGCUUACAGAAAGAGAGAGAAUAAAUUGAUAAGUUAGAGGAAACAUGAGGAAAAAACUGAAGGAACACCAAGAAUUUCAAGCUGGAAGCUGAGAAGAGAAAUUCAAUAAUCCAGCUGUUAUUUCAAGUGAUUCAUGUCAGUUUAUCUCUAGUUUUUCAAAUCAUCUAUCAGCUAAUAAAAAAAAGAUCCAAACACAAGAACUCACCCACCUCCACACAGCGAGAGCAAAUUAAUGUGAAAGUGACAUCUGCUGUUGUCGUAGAAUUACUCAACAACUGUUUAUCCAUAAAAUAAAGAUUUAUUUAAAGCAAAACAAGUAAAAGACUGUUGCUGAUCCUAACGUCCCACACAGGAUAAGAAGAGUUCUCUCUUGUCGUCAUUUGGUCCUCCAGGACUUUUAUACCCAGAAAAAAAGAGGGAAAAUACAAAAAAGUGAGAUAAUUUAAUAUGUUCAAUAUGUGCACAAAUACAGACACCAAAUGUGAUGAAGAACACAGAGAAGGUUUGGAUCAGCAGCUACUCUGAUUGCUUUUACACUUUUAUAGCCAGCAGGUGGUCAGAUGAGUCUCAUGUAUGAUGAAGGGUCGGAAAGGAAACUGGAAUAAAAGAUUCAAAGAUUCCAAAACAUUUGAAUCAAGAAAACAACAAAGACUUUCUGAUCCUGGACUGAAAAAGCUUUAAUUCACUGCUGUGACUUCUUGUAAAUCUUCACAUUCACUUUCUUCAUUUUCUUGUUUGGUCUGAUUUAUAAAUAUAGAAGUUGGAUGUUAAUCAAUAUUUUAUUGUUGUGCAUAUUUUCUAACAAUAGCAGAUAAUUCAUGAUUGAUAGAUAUUGUUUUAUUACUGGAUGUAUUUCUGCAAUAUUAGUUCAUAUGUGUUAUUUAUCAGACAAGAUGAUCAAUAAUUGUUCAGUUGUGCCACAGA